GCCUCUGGCGGAACGCGUUUCCGUUUUCUCCCCCGUGCAGGUUACGCCGUGGUCCGCUCCGCUCCUCCAUCCAGUUCUCUUUAGUGUUUGCCAAUGUUGGAGGUGUAACUGGGGUCUGGCCCUGGACAAAGAAUAGAGCAUGGCUCAAGUGAAAGUACAGACCUCAGCACCCCUGGCUGGUCCUGGCCUCUCCCCCGGAGUUCCCCCGACGGCCAUGGCCAGCCCAGGACCCCUGGGUCUGCAGCCCUCCGUCAACGGCACAGGCCCGGCCCCCACACCCGCCUGCCCUGCUCCUGCAGUCGGAUAUGGGGACGCCCCUGUGUCUGCCUCACCGCCAGGCUCGCCCCAGGAUAACAUGGCAAACCCUAAAGAGAAAACUCCAAUGUGUUUGGUGAAUGAGUUAGCCCGUUUCAACAGGAUCCAACCCCAGUACAAGCUCCUCAAUGAGAGAGGCCCUGCACAUGCCAAGAUCUUCACCGUGCAGCUGACUCUUGGGGAGCAGGUGUGGGAGGCGGAGGGCACCAGCAUUAAAAAGGCCCAGCACUCCACAGCUGCCAAAGCACUGGCCGAGAGUGUCCUUCCCAGGCCAGCGCCCCGCUCCCCCAAAGUGGACAUCAACAGUAACCCAGGCAGUAUAACACCCACAGUGGAGCUGAAUGGUCUGGCCAUGAAGAGAGGAGAGCCCGCUAUAUACAGGCCUUUGGAUCCUAAGCCCAUGCCCAACUAUAGAGCAAACUACAACUUCAGAGGGAUGUUCAACCAAAGGUACCAUUAUCCUGUUCCUAAGAUCUUUUAUGUGCAACUGUCUGUGGGGAGUCAUGAGUUCAUCGGCGAGGGACGCACCCGCCAAGCAGCAAGACACAGCGCUGCCAUGAAGGCGCUGCAAGCCCUGCGCAAUGAACCUAUUCCAGAACGGCCACCACAGAGCCCAGAAGAGAAAGGGGAGACCGACGAAGGCACAGAUGCCAGCAAAUCAGAGAUCAGUCUGGUCUACGAAAUCGCCCUCAAGAGGAACUUGUCUGUCAACUUCGAGGUAUUGAAGGAGAGUGGCCCCCCGCACAUGAAAAGCUUCCUGACUCGCGUCUCCGUGGGGGAGUUCUCUGCCGAGGGCGAGGGCAACAGCAAGAAGCUGUCCAAAAAGCGCGCUGCCCUGUCCAUCCUGCAGGACCUGAAGAAGCUGCCCUUCAUCCCCGUCGUGGAGAAACCCAAGACACACUACAAGAAACGCACCAAAACCAUCCUCAAGACGGGGCCCGACUAUGGCCAGGGCAUGAAUCCGAUCAGCCGCCUCGCCCAGAUCCAACAGGCCAAGAAGGAGAAGGAGCCAGAGUACCUGCUGCUCUCUGAGAGGGGGAUGCCCAGACGCCGGGAGUUCAUCAUGCAGGUGAAGGUGAACAACGAGGUUGCCACGGGAACAGGACCGAACAAGAAGGUGGCCAAGCGGAACGCAGCCGAAGCGAUGUUACUGCACCUGGGAUACAAGGCCUCCACAGUCCCUCAGAGCCCCACCGAGAUGGACAACAAAGGCUGGAAUGGACAAAAGGCAUCCUUUACCGAAGCGACAAGUAACACUCAGAAGGGUCUGCUCCACCUCAGCCCUGACGUCUACCAGGAGAUGGAGGCCAGCAGGAAGCAGGGGGGCAACUCUUCAGGAACCUGCGGCGGCGGCAGCACCAACUCCGUUAACUACAUCACAUCCAAAGACAUGGGGCCCUGCUCUGCCCCGCUGCCCCCGGGACACACUCCAUACUACAGCGGCUCGCCCUCCUCGCCCAGCCCCACCGCGACUAUGGCCAGGGAGCUGCUGCUCAAUGGUCAGUCACCCACCGCCGACGCCUCCCUGUCCAUAAAGGGGAAGAACCCAGCUCUGGCCUGCGGCGUCUCAGUGCAGCCCGCACAGCAGCUGGACUACCUGGCUCGCAUCCAGGGCUUCCAGGUGCAGUACAGCGAUGCGCAGAGUGGUAAGGACUUUGUGACCUAUCUGACCCUCUCCCCUGUGCAAAUGACUUUCCACGGCACCGGGAGCACCCUCCAAGCCAGCCAUGACCAGGCUGCUCUAAGUGCCUUGAAACAGCUGUCGGAGCAGGGACUGGACCCGGUGGACGGCCCCAUCAAGACCAGUGAACCAUGUGGGAGGGAGGACGGACAUUAAACAGACUAACUCAGGCACCACCACUCAGGUCUGCAAGGAUUCAAAGGCUGUCGUCUAGGAGCUGACAUCCCCGAACCCCCUCCUUCCGCACACACAAACCUUACAAACCCCUCCACCCCCUCAACCCUGAUCUCCCAUAACCUGCAACAGCAACCCCACUACCCACAACCUCCGCCCUCCCUACCUCUCCAACCCACCCCUUACCCCACGAUCGCCACUGUAUCCUGCAAAGCCUGUCACCACGCAAUAGGUGGAUGUGCAUCGAGAAAUGACCGACUAAAACACCAUUACCUGAGUCUAUGUGAAGACAACGCUAUCGUAACACGUUCAUUGAUGAUUUCAGUCAAAAUUAAGAGACAACAAAAAAAGAAGAAGAAGAAAUUAACAAAUGAAAUACUAAACUAAUGAGUAAAAUGCAUGGUACUGUAUGAAACCGAGGGAAAUCCAAAACGAUAGACACAUUUCCCUCUGGAUAAAUGUCUGUUGGUAUGGUUAAAACAAAUAUGUACAUCAUGCUAUUGAGAUACAUUCGAAACAUUUUAGGGGAGAAACCAACUUGCGUACAGUAGCUUAUUUUUUCGGGGGUAUUAUGUUUCCGUUUCAUUUUUUUGGGGGGGGGGGGGUUAUUUUAUUAAUCUAACAAUGCUUGAGUACUGUAUUUAAAAUUAACCAAUGCCAGUGCUGUGAAAGUUGUAGUUGUUGUCUUCAUAUAUAGUCACCCAGCUUACCUUGUAUGCUGACAUUAAAAAAAAAAGAGUUCAUCUAUCUAUAUGGAUGUGUAUGACUUGCAAGAGUAUCAUAUUCCGAAAAAUAACAAAGAAAAAAGUUUUUUCAUGUGGACAAAAAAUAAGAGGGACAAAACUGGUGUUAGCAGUAAUCAGUACAACGUGUCGACCGCCAGCCCGGGAGCGAAGGGUUGGACCGACGCUCCGCUCCCGAUGGGUCGGCCUGUCCCUUUUUAACAUGAGCCCCACACUGGCAUAGCAUCACUGGAGCAUCACCCGACCGACGGCGGAGACCGAGGGGCCACAGCGGUCGCACUUUUUAAACUCGGACGACAAGGCCGGCUGCAUCGACUGCAACUUCGUCUUUCUCCAGAUGCCAGUGAACUUUUGAACGUGGAGUCCAAACUCCGGAGAGUUUUGUACGGCCUGCAUGUCCUCCAGUGAAUGAAAAAAAGUCCUCUCC